UCUGGUUCGGUUGAGCUCGGACUCGGAGCUGCUGGACGCGGAUCACACACGUGGGGAAGGACACCGUGACCUCAGCACUCUACACCGGAAACACUCGGAAGCGGAAAUGAGAUCCGUUAUGCAGCUUUGUGGAGUUUGUAGCGAACAUGUUCCUAAAUACAGAUGUCCAGCCUGCAGAAUCAGAUAUUGUUCAGUGAGCUGCUUUAAAAGACACAAAGAUGAUGAUGCAUGUCAUCCAGUUAAAGAAUCAGAUCCAGCCUCCAGCAGCUCAACACCAGUGAGCAACGCUGAAAAGCCGUGGGAUGUCGAGGAUCGUCUUGAUGAAGACAGUCAGACUGACAAAGUGCCAUUAGAGAAACUUCAGCAGCUCGCUGAUUCAGAGGCGUUGAAGGGUCUGUUGAGGAAUCCUCAUCUCCGCCGGUUAAUGAUGUCCGUGGACACUGCUGAAGAUAAAGCCAAAGCCACGAAAGACGCCAUGCAGGAGCCGCUGUUUGUGGAGUUUGCUGAUCAGUGCUUAAAAAUUAUUGAACCGACAGAAGCCGAGGAUGAUGAUGAAUUCUGAUUGGACCGAACUGUCACAUAUCGACCGAUUUUCACUUUUAAAUGUUAAUGCAAUCAUAUAAAAUGUUGUCCUAUACCAAGGUCUUCUGAAUGCCAUCAAUGUCUUAAAGGAAUAGUUCACCCAAAAAUGUAGAUGAGUUUGUUUCUUCAUCAGAUUUGGAGAAAUGUAGCAUUGCAUCACUUGCUCAUCGAUGGAUGCUCUGUAGUGAAUGGGUGCCGUCAGAACGAGAGUCCAGUGAAAAAGUGGUCUGGUCUGAAUCAGGAGAGAAAUCUGCACUGAUCAAGCGCCGUUAUUGUGACGUAUUUUGAUGUGCGAGACAACAGGAGAAACGUUUUAUGGAUUAAUGACUCAUAUUUUAGUUGAAAGCAACGGUUUGAAGUUAAAAACUUCUUAAUAAUGCAUUUGUUUCAUACAAACACGCAGCUUUGGUCUUCUCAAGACAUUAACUGAUGAAUUUUAUAAUUACUUUUCCAGACUAUAGAUUAUGUAAAAAGAAAUCAAAAACAGAACAAGUCUCUAAAGAUAUUUAUUGUCAUUAAAGUUUGACAAGUCUUGGAUUGGUUAAA